GUCUGGACCUUGUCCAUUCCCUUUUGCUCGCGCACGCGCUCGUCUCUCCAAGCCUCGAACCGCAUCUCCGGCGGCCUAGUGGAACGCGAAGAUGGCGACGGCGCUCGGCCUCGGUGCGCGCUCCGGCCUCCGACUCCUGUCCGCAGGCGCCGAGGCCGCCUCAGCAACGUGGAAAAUAUGGCUAGCAUUCGCGAAGCGUGUAGCCGUUUUGGGUAGCCUGUAUUUUGAUCUGAUGCAAAUACGCAGCUCAUGCAAACAUCAGGAUUGCGCCAACCAGGAGAUGAUUCUGGGGCUUCUCGUGCAUUCCAUUCUACUGGCACAAGGAGGAUGGGGGCGCACGCUCAUGAUGAGCCAUACUACGUCCACGCCAAGCACAUGUACAACCUGCACAGGAUGAAGCACCAGCAGCUUAAGGUGUGCCUCGCUGUGCUGGCUGCGGUGGGCACUGGCAUUGGAGUCCCUGUGUAUGCUGUUGUUUUCCAGCAGAAGAAGACUGCAUCUGCAUAAUCUGAAACGCCGAGGCGGCACGACAUGAAAACAUGCCUGCCCGUGAAAUUUCUUUUCCCAUUUCCCACAUAGCAUUUUGAGAGGUUCAGGCUGGAGCUUCAGUUUUGCUUGGCCAUUUCUCUCUCUAUAUAUUUUUUUCUCUCUUGCUGCAGGUUUACUCUGCUCAUUGGAUUUUGACAUAGGAAUACCGAUGUCUGUUAAUAAUACGAUGUCUUGAACUGACAGAAAGCAUAUGCUGUUAUCCUUUCUAAUUUUGCUUC